CCAGUGAAGAUCAGGAUCAAGUUGGGUCACCAGGAAACCAAAACAUAAGAGGGCGUGGACUAGCCAGACCCUUCGCCUCUCACACUUGUCACCAUUCACACUUUCGCCUCUAACUCACCAAGAUGUCCAUUAACGAGUGCAAGAAGCAGAAGACAUCUCUACAGAAAGCGACCAAUGUGACCUUUCAAGUGAACCAUGUCAGCAGAAACAAGAGAGGUCAGGUUUUGGGACAGCGUGGCGGAUUUCGAGGCUGUACUGUCUGGUUUACGGGGCUCUCCGGGGCUGGUAAGACCACAGUAAGCUUUGCCCUGGAAGAGUAUCUGGUCUCUAAGGGCAUCCCAGCGUACUGUCUAGACGGAGACAAUAUGCGCCACGGUCUUAACAAAAAUCUAGGUUUUUCUGAUGAAGAUCGAGAGGAGAACAUCAGGAGAGUGUCAGAGGUUGCCAAACUGUUUGCUGACUCUGGCGUGGUUGCCCUGUGUUCCUUCGUGUCCCCGUUCUCUAAGGACAGGUUGCAGGCCAAAAAGAUCCACGUGGAUGCCGGUUUGCCCUUCUUUGAGGUGUUUGUGGAUACGCCCUUAGAAGUGUGUGAAGAGAGAGACGUAAAGGGACUGUACAAGAAGGCCAGGGCUGGGAUUAUCAAGGGUUUCACAGGCAUAGAUUCGCAAUAUGAGAAACCAGACACUCCUGAUGUGGUGCUCAAAACGGCUCAAUGCUCCGUCAACGAGUGUGUGGCGCAGGUCCUGGACACCCUGGAGGAGUGGGAGGUGAUCCCUAAAUCUGCCAACGAGGGGGUGAAGGAAUUGUUUGUGGCAGAGAACAAGCUGAGCCAGGCCAAGGAGGAGGCUGAGUCACUGCCCUCUGUCACCAUCACCUCCCUGGACCUUCAGUGGCUCCAGGUGCUGUCUGAGGGCUGGGCAACACCUCUGGCUGGCUUCAUGAGGGAGCAGGAGUAUUUGCAGUCACAACACUUUGGCUGCCUCAUGGACAGUGGAGUCUCGAACCAGUCUAUCCCCAUCGUCCUCCCCAUCACCUCAGCAGACAAGGAACGGCUGGACGGAUGCUCUGCCUUCACCCUUCGCUAUGCCGGCCGCCCUGUCGCCAUUAUGAGGAAACCUGAAUUUUACGAGCAUCGGAAGGAGGAGAGAUGCGCCAGGCAGUUUGGUACCACUUGUCCUGAUCAUCCGUACAUUAAGAUGAUUAAUGAGAGUGGUGAUUGGCUGGCUGGUGGUGACAUAGAGGCCCUGGAGCGAAUCAGGUGGAAGGACGGUCUGGAUGAGUACCGUCUGACACCCCUAGAGUUGCGGGCUCGGUUUAGGGAGAUGAAUGCUGAUGCAGUCUUUGCCUUCCAGCUCAGAAACCCUGUGCAUAAUGGCCACGCUCUCCUCAUGCAGGACACAAAGAGGCAGCUUCUAGAGAGAGGCUACCACAACCCAGUACUCCUCCUGCACCCUCUCGGCGGCUGGACCAAAAAUGAUGAUGUUCCUCUCAACACCCGCAUGCAGCAACACCACGCUGUACUAAAGGAGGGCGUACUGGACCCAAACUCCACCGUGCUGGCCAUCUUCCCCUCCCCGAUGAUGUACGCUGGCCCCACGGAAGUCCAGUGGCAUGCUAAGGCGCGUAUGUCAACUGGCGCUAACUUUUAUAUAGUGGGACGCGAUCCAGCCGGCAUGCCACACCCCGACACAAAGAAGGACUUGUACCAUCCGCAGCACGGCAGGAAGGUGCUCACGAUGGCCCCAGGAUUGACGCAGCUGGAGAUAAUACCAUUUAAAGUCGCUGCGUACGACACCAAGGCGCAGAGAAUGGCAUUUUAUACACCCGAAAGGAAGCCAGAUUUUGAGUUCAUCUCCGGAACAAAAAUGAGAAUGCUCGCUCGAAAUGGAGAGAAUCCGCCUGAUGGUUUUAUGGCCCCUGAGGCUUGGCGUGUUCUUGCUUCCUACUACCAAACCCUGCCCAAGGAAUAAGGUAGUAGUAGUAGUAGUAGUAGUAGUAGUAGUAGUAGUAGUAGUAGUGGUGGUGGUUUACGUACAUGUUUACAAGUUUAAGUAGAUUUGGUAGUGUUAAGAUGAGAAAUAGUAGUAGUAGUGGUCGGUUUGGGUGUUUAAAUAGUAGUAGUAGUAGUAGUAGUAGUAGUAGUAGUAGUAGUUAGGUUAGAGUGGGGAAAUUGUAGUAGUAGUGGUAGUAGUUUUGGGUGU